CGAGGUCCAGUGACCUGUGCACAUAAAACAGCAUGUGUGUGUGUGUGUGUGUGUGUGUGCGACUCCUCUUCUGACACACAACCCCACGAGAACUUCAACAUGACUUCAUACACUGACAAAGGAGAGAAGCCAGAGAGAGGGAAAUUUUUAAAGUUUCACCAUUUGACGUUCUGGGUGGGAAACGCCAAACAGGCCGCGGUGUUCUACUGCGAUAAGUUCGGCUUCGAGCCGCUGGCGUAUAAAGGUCUGGAGACGGGCAGUCGAGAACUGGUGUCUCAUGCCGUCAGACAGGACAAGAUAAUAUUCGUCUUCGAGUCUCCUCUGAACCCUGGAAAUGAGGAAAUGGGGGAGCAUCUGAUGAAACAUGGAGACGGAGUGAAAGACGUCGCAUUUCAAGUGGAGGACUGCGACUUUUUAGUCAAGAAAGCCAAAGAGAGAGGAGCAGUGGUCGUGCGAGAGCCGUGGGUGGAGCAGGACUCCGGAGGAAAAGUCAAAUACGCGGUCAUUCAAACUUACGGAGACACGACACACACGUUUAUUGAGUACACGGGACCGUAUAAAGGUUUGUUUCUGCCAGGAUACCAUGAGCCGUUGUUCAGAGACCCUCUGUUACCAAAACUGCCGCCAGGACAUUUAAGCUUCAUCGAUCACAUUGUUGGAAACCAGCCAGAUGACAAAAUGGUGCCAGUAACAGACUGGUAUCAGAAGUGUCUGCUCUUCCACAGGUUCUGGUCCAUCGAUGAUAAACAGAUCCACACCGAGUACAGCGCUCUCAGAUCCAUCGUAGUCACCAAUUAUGAGGAAACCAUCAAGAUGCCCAUUAAUGAACCAGCAAUCGGGAUAAAGAAAUCACAAAUCCAGGAGUAUAUUGACUACAACGGAGGACCCGGAGUGCAGCAUAUCGCCCUGAACACGUCCAACAUCAUCCAAGCUAUCGUGAACCUUCGAGCUCGAGGGAUGGAGUUCUUGUCUGCUCCUGAUAACUACUAUGAAAUCCUACGACAGAACCUGAAGACGGCCAAGAUCAAGGUGAAGGAGGACCUUAAAACACUGCAGGAGUUAAAAAUCUUAGUAGACUUCGACGAUAAGGGUUACCUGCUACAGAUCUUCACCAAACCCGUGCAGGACCGGCCCACGCUCUUCCUGGAGGUCAUCCAGAGGCACAACCACUCUGGUUUUGGAGCUGGAAACUUCAAAUCUCUGUUCGAGGCCAUAGAGAAGGACCAGCACGCCAGAGGAAACCUGACGGUUCUCACACCGGAGAGCCAGGGCAUCCCGAAGGAGUUUCACUGACACACACAAACACAUCUGCAGAAACACAAACUCACAAGCCCGCGUCCUGGAGUGAAAGAAUAACACGAGAGCAUCAGUUAACACUGAACUGCAGCGCAACAAUAAAGAAUGUAACGUAUAAUGUAUCGGUAUCAUUCACAUUCAUCAGCUACAUCCACGAGUCAAAUUGGUUAAACAUUUUUUUCUAAGACAUUUGAGGGUUGUUAUAGUGAACUAAAUCUAAAAUGAAAAGCAAAACAAUUAAAAAAAGAAUUGCUUGAAUUAAAAUUAAUGUUAUAAUUAAAAUAAAAUGUUCAAAAACUUAAAGGGGCUAUAUGUAAGAUUUUUACAAAACUUAAAAAACGAGUCCUUCCCCGACUUCAUAGUUUGCCUCUGAAACCCUGUCGACUGAUUUUUAUGAUUUAUAGGACGUAUUUGUCGGGGAAAUCGCAGACGAGAGCCUCUCUUCUGUUCACUGACACUAAUGCUUAUACAAUGUUCAGGAUAAUACUGAAAGAACUGUAAUGUCAAUGUGUCGUCAAAGAAAAGAGAUUCAUUCAAACUACAGUCUCACAUAGUCAAUCUAUAGAGUCUAUAGUCUCAAAUAUACUUUAUCAGUGUGAUUUUAAUGAGCUCAUCUGUCGACACCGUGUUGGUUUGGCUGAAUUUCCACCAACCCAACAAAAGAUUAAAACUUUAAAUAAAAUGUAGCAACUAAGGACCUUAAAUGUUGAUCAUCACCCCCCCCCCAAAUAAAUAAACAAACACCACAUUGUCUGUAUUUUUAUUUCAAAAUAAUUUAUUUGUAUAUAAUCGGAAUGAUGCCAGGUUUAUACAUCUAUAAUGGCAGCUGUACGUUUCAUAAAGAAUAUCAUUCCAAAAGUGAGAAAAUAACAUUUUAAACAUUUUCUCAGACCUGGACAAAAAUGGAUAAAUAUAUUAGUAAAUAAAUAUAUUAGUGACAUACCAUUGAAAUGUUCUAUUAUAUAUAAAAUACAACACUUUAUCUUAUAA